AAGUCGCUCAUCACCUUCGUUUGGGGAGCCUGCAGCUGCAGCUUUGCCUGCUGUGCUGCCCCCUGCUGCCGCCAUGGAUCCCAAUAAGGGCGAGACUGCCGGCGGCGGCGGCGGCGGCGAGGGCGACCUCGACCUCAACCUCUCCCUGCAGCCGAUGUUGGCGCCCGAGCCGGAGCCGCCGGGUUACUUCUCCUGCACCUACUGCGACAAGAAAUUCUACUCCUCGCAGGCACUCGGCGGCCACCAGAAUGCCCACAAGUUCGAGCGCAGCGUGGCCAAGCGCGCGCGAGAGCUGGCUGCCGCUGGCCGCGCGGGCCACGGCGGCGAGCGCGCCAGUGGGGCCGAGGAGGAGGCGAGGUCCGUGAUUGGGAAGGAAAUGGGCAUUGCGAGGUCGGUCUCGGCACCGAGCUCCUCGUCGUCGCACCAGAUCAGGGCGCCGCCGGAGGCGAGCAGGAAUAAUAAUCUCGCCGACGAUAUCGACCUCUCCUUGAAGCUAUGAUUGGCUGCGGGUGGUUGCUGCUCAUCGGACUCGAGGUUCUUGUUGUCGCUGCCUAGGACACACACGAGCAAUCACUGGAUCCUUUGAGUUCUUGUUAUAUAUAUAUUAUUUUUCGCGUGCUCUGAUUAAUCCUCUGUGCGUGCUGGUUAAUUUCCUGGACAGUGCAUCGACUGAAAGCAGGUUACUACUGGUGAGAUUUCUCUUGGGAACCAAUUCAUCUUCUCGGUUUUCCCCACUUGUGUUGCAACAUUUCACUUGGGUAUGUGAUAGU